CUCUUCAGCUUCAGUUAAAUUUUGGAUGUGGUGGACUCUAUCUAGAAUUUCGAGAAAAACAAUUGAACUUUAAACUUUUGAACCUAAACAAAGGAACAAAAUAAUGGCAGCAGGAAAGCAAGCCACUGUAAGCAUCAUAGCAGAUGUGGGGGACCUCUAUAAGAGACUGCUCAACCACAAACCUGUCAUCCAGAAUGAAGUACACUUCUUCGUUAAAGAGUUUGAGGUGAAGCGUGAGGACAAUGGGCUGAGAAACCUCCAAGAUGCCAUGAGGUUUGCUAAUGAGAUGGACACUAUUCUCCUGGAGGAGAUAAUGAGCUCCUCACACAAGUUCAAGCAAAUCAACGCCAUCAUUGAGGCUGUGAAUGGCACAGGGGGGCGGGUCUUUGACGACGAGAACAGUAAACUGGGUGUUCCCAAGUCAGAGCAGGAGGCAUUGGAUCGUCAAGUGGAAGAGUGUCGACGAUCGUACCAUGAGAAACAGGAACAAUAUGAUAAUGAACAAUCCAAACACGUUGAGCUGCUUAAAGAAGAGAUACAGACUGAGAGGGAAGCACGAGAGAAGCUCCGCCCACCAUCUCAGGCUACUAGUGUGGGGAGCAGUAUCACCAUCUUCCCCCCAGAGGCACAGUUAUCAGAGGAGAGUGGCAGCCCCCCUGAGGGCCAGCUAUCAGACAGCCCCCCAGAGGCACAGUUAUCAGAGAAGAGUGGCAGCCCCCCAGAGGGCCAGUUAUCAGACAGCCCCCCAUCAGAGGAGAGUGGCAGCCCCCCUGAGGACGAGGGUACCACUAGCUCAGGGGGUGUUGAGAUAGAGGCUGAACACAAUGAGAACAAUCCACCAGACAAUCUAGUUAAUCAUGAGAACACUUAGAUAAUGUGUGCAUAAUGUUAUAGAGUGGUUUGUGUGUGAUUCCUUUGCAAACAGUUUGUUCUGCCGA